CAGGCCUGCGCUCGCUCCUUCACACGUACUCGACAGAAACGCCGAGCGACGCCCGACAGGAUGGAGGAGGAGGCCCCGGCCCGACGCUCUGUGGCUGAGCUGGCAGGCAGAUUCAAAGGCCCGGCGUCUCCACACAGCGCUGCUGGGAAAGAAGUGCAGGAAAAGCCUGUCAGACGGCGACCGCCUCGGACCUUACAGCUGCCCAAACCACAAGGAGACGACCAGGAGCCUCCUACAGGUGUGACCUCUCCUCUACCUGCCAAAGCCAAGAGGAACUCUGCGCUGAUUGAGAAGCUCCAGGCCAACCUCGCUCUCUCCCCCGCGGCUCCCUCCCCAAAGAGUCCUGGCUUCAGGCUGCUGCCUCCCACCUUCACCCCACCUGCCCCAGGCUCCGCCCCUGCUACCGCGGUAACCACCUUGGUGACCCCCACCAGCCCCGUCACUGUCGCUCCGGCAACCGAGGAGGAGGGCCCCGCCUCCUUUGAAGCCCCUCCCACGGCGGCGGAGGGAGCCAUCCUGUCGAGCAUCAACAAGGGCAGAGCUCGCCUCUCCAUCCGCCGCCGUCCUCCGUCCCGCCGCCACAGGAAGUCCAGUUGUGGAGACGACGCCGGUGGAGACGACGCCGGUGGUGAGGAUGUCAGUGGAGACGUCGAUGUUUCCACCUAUGUAGUUGUCCCCACCGACAUCCCCACUGAUGUCUCCACCGACGUCUCCACCGACGUGGUCGUCUCCACUGAUGUCUCUGCUGACAUUGCCAGCGACACAACAGAGACACAACCACGCUCGAGUGAAGCGGAGGACAAAACAACGGCAGGACAGGAAGGUCCAACAGACGCCCCAUCGCCUCCCGACGAACACCAAACCCACGAAGAAGACCAGCCAAAGAGCAGCGACAAAGUGAAGGUGAAGGAGGGAGAGAACGGAGAGGCCAGCUCUUCAUCAGACCAGAAGGACGAGGAGAAAGAGAAGCAGGACUCAACCGAAGCAGAAACAAAGACAGACGACCAUGAAGAACAACAGAGCGAGGAGGGGACGAGUUCAGCGCGGUGAGGAUCGCGUGAUUGGACAGCGGCAGCCAUGAUGAGCCCCUGGAGGGCAGGGAGGGAGACCCUGUGGCGGCGAGGCCCGACGGAAAAGGCCUCCGGACGCCGAGACAACGAAGGUUCAGCUGCAGCGCGUCACCGAGACGACGACGCAGCGACCGAUAACCAAUGUGAAGGUCCAGCUUCAACUCAGCUCCACGUCAAAGCUUCUAACCGUCCACUCAAAGCCUGCAGCGCACUGCAACUUCUACUUUUUUUUAACGACAUAAUGUGAUGUUUUUGUUGUUGUUGACAUGUUUUCUUGCUGUUUGGUGCCUUUUAAAAUUGCGACAGAUGAUUUCUGAUGUUCAUUUAAAACCACAGAAUGUAAAGUGUCAACAGAUGCUUCUCUUGAAAUAAUAUUCACAGCUCUGAGAGAGGAAAUCUGAAGCCUUAUUCCAAAGUUUGUUUGUAUUAAAAACAAUAAAAAAUGUU